AGGUCAGGCGUCACGGGCCAGUGACCCAGCCACAAUUUUGAGCUAGGCUGUCCUCCCAAAGAAAAGUUCUCUCCACCAUCGCAUGUUGCUUUCGUUCAGAAAACACCAGUCUGUGCUUGCGUAUGCUGAACCCCGUGUCAUGAAGAACUCUACACCUUCUUCAAUUGAUCAACACAUCCAUCUAGCACCUAGCUUGUAAAAGAGACUUUUCUAGAUGCUGUGAAUGAUAUAAAUUGAGCUCUCAGUUGGAAGAAAUCUAAAGGAUCAAGCAUCCCUGAGUUUCAGACAGAAACUUCCUCUGAACACACAUAUUCAAAGGGCCAGCAAGAAAUGGGGACCUGGAUUUUGUUUGCCUGCCUCCUGGGAGCAGCCUUUGCUAUGCCCCUACCACCUCAUCCUGGGCACCCUGGUUAUAUCAACUUCAGCUAUGAGGUGCUCACUCCUCUGAAGUGGUACCAGAACAUGAUAAGGCAUCCGUACCCUUCCUAUGGUUACGAACCCAUGGGUGGAUGGCUGCACCACCAAAUCAUUCCCGUGCUGUCCCAGCAGAACCCCCCGAAUCACGCCCUGCAGCCUCAUCACCACAUCCCCAUGGUGCCAGCUCAGCAGCCCGUGGUCCCCCAGCAACCAAUGAUGCCAGUUCCUGGCCAACACUCCAUGACUCCAACCCAACACCACCAGCCAAACCUCCCUCUGCCUGCCCAGCAGCCCUUCCAGCCCCAGCCCGUCCAGCCGCAGCCUCACCAGCCCAUCCAGCCCCAGCCACCCGUGCACCCCAUCCAGCCCCUGCCGCCACAGCCACCUCUGCCUCCGAUGUUCCCCAUACAGCCCCUGCCCCCCAUGCUUCCUGACCUGCCUCUGGAAGCUUGGCCAGCAACAGACAAGACCAAGCGGGAAGAAGUGGAUUAAGAGGUCAAAAAAUGGGAAGAGAACUGAAGGAAACACUUCAGAUGCUUUCAGAAUGACACAAGAAAACGAGUUUCGCCUGCCAUCACUUCGCUUAGUAAAAGCUGUAACUAAAAAUCAGUACCACUAGCAAACAAUAAAAUGGCUUAAAAAUCAUC